AUGAAAACACAUCCACCACCAGAUCCUCGAUAUCCUUAUGCCAACCUCUUGCAGCCUAUACCGAUUGAUGUAUCCUCACAACCUUCGUCAUCAACUUAUCAACCUUCACCCGUAUCGGCUUAUUUUCCUGAUCCUGGUCUUAUCGAUCCUUCCCCUAGCUCGUCAUUGACAUCAGCACUUCAGGUUGAUCGUUCACCUUUCCGGGCUUCGUCUUCUGCGACCAAUCGAGCGCAUCCAUACUCAAAUCCUACCAAACAAGAUAUACUGAAAAGACAUUCGCUUUCAAGAUCUUAUUGGGAUGAUCCUUCCCCUGAUCAAGAUUCAAGUGUUACCCCUGGAACAGCAAAACAGUCUCCUACAAUCAAUGGUUUAGCUGGUUCAAGUGAAGUGAAACAUUCCGGUAGAAGUGGACAGAAAAGACGUCAGAAAUAUACAAGAACGAGAACAGGUUGUUUGUGCUGCCGAUCAAGAAGGAUAAAGUGUGAUGAAGCAAGACCGGUCUGCAAACGGUGUAUCAUCGCCAAGAAGGAAUGUGUAUAUCCUGAUCCGGGAGAAGGAGAAAAGAAAUCAGAUGGAAAUGACAGACAAGGAGAAUCGAGAAGUAACUCAGAUAUCAGCGAGAGUGAAGAGGAAAGGAAGCCGUCUAAACGUAGACGUUCUCAGCCAGAUAAGAAGACCACCCCUCCAGCUGGUGAUGCAUCAGCGCUUCAAUCUUCACCUGACCAACAAUCAGGACUUGCUUCAACCGCUGAAACAGGAUGGGACGCAAGUAUCGUAUCGGAUACACCAUCAUCCAAUUACGAUUCAGGACUUGCUUUAGGAACAGGAUUGGUCAGUUCAGGAGAACAAUAUCUAGCAGGACAAAUCGGUAAACAAGAAUGGGCAACGACAGAAGGUGCCGGAGCCCCAAUCUUGACCACGCCGAACUUCCUUCUUCCUUGGUUCCCUACAGCAGAAGAAAGAAGUUUAAUCCUACACUAUUGCGCUAACGCCGCUUCUCUCAUGAUGGCCAUCCCAAGUGGACUAAACCCCAUGUUAGCCAUCAAUCUACCGUUAGCUCUUGAUUCUCCAAGAGGAUUAAACCCUUCCGCAGACGCUCUUCGAGUGGCUCUUUUAGGUAUAGGAGCAAUCCAUCAAGCUUUCCUCUUGGCUCGUUCCGGAGUAGCAACUGCCCAAACAGCAGCAAUGUUCCAAUAUGCGUCAACUCUUCGAGAUACAGGGAAGGAAAUGGUUCGAAGAGCUGUCCGUGAUAGCGAUGGCGCUACUUCGGACGCCGCUCUAGGAGCAGGAACAGCUUUGGGUACUAUAGAUAUAUUCUUUGGUGGAAGUGGUUGGCAGGAUAACUUCAAUCUGGCCAAAGAUAUGGUUGCGAUUCGUGGUGGUCCAGCUGAAAUGCUUAAAAAGUCUGAACCACGUAAAUUAACCGAUGGUGUCACAGUCUCUCCUGCAAGACUGAUGCUUGAGAUCUUGGCAAUCUACGAGACAUUUGGUUGCCUAACUACUGGUCAAGAACCGUCAUUGAUCAGCGAUGAACGGGAAACUUGGUGGCUUGAAGCUAGUCGAUCGACAUAUGAGGAGCAUUCUGUUGAAAAGCAAUUUGGCAUGUCUCGAGUCAUGGUUCUUCUUUUCGCCCGAGUGACUCGUCUUUUAGCAAGAGUGUCAAAAUCAAAUGUGAUCAUCACCGAAACCGAUUCUUCACUUCCUAUCAAUCCUGAUCAUUCAUCUGCAAACGCAUUUCCAACUCCGAACGGCUUUAUCAGCUCCCUGACCGGAUUGUUGAAUGAUAAACAUGAAGAUCCAUUAGUCAUCGAAGCAAGACAACUAAAUAGAGAUGUUGAUGCUUGGAUCGAAAGCUUACAACUGAGUACACUAGAACACGAAAGAGUGCAGGUUGGAAAUAGAGCUUAUGCGUAUACCAUGAAGAUUUUACUUCUCAAGAUGGUUUUCAAAUACCCUCGGGCGGAUGUCAGAGUGCAGAACGCUGCUCAACAAGUAUUACAACAUUGUUCUUGGUCUACAGCCGCUCUGGGAAUGUCUAUUGAUCUAACUUGGCCCGCUAUCAUCGCUGGAUCGUGUGUCGAUGGACCUUCCAGACAAUGGGUUUUGACGCUUCUCGAAGGUUUCAAAUCGCAAUGCUGCUUCGAUAUCGAAACUGCUAAUAGAAUCAUAACGGAAGUCUGGCGAAGAGCGGAUACCGGGGAAAGUAGAGCGGAUUGGAAGCAAGUUUGUGAUGAUUUAGGAUUACAAGUCCUGUGA